AUGACCAGAGGAAGUUCUCUCGCUGAAGACUUGCGACUCGCAUUAAAUAAUCCACAAUAUAGUGACUUGAAAAUCUUUUGUGAAGACAGUAAUACGGGGGAACAUGGCGAACAAGUUCUAUAUGCGUCCAAAAUGAUAUUAGCCGUUCGUUCGGAGAUAUUUGACCGUUUACUCUAUAACGGUAUGAAAGAAACAACACAGGGCGAGAUAACUUUCCCGGAAAUAAAUUUGUCCGCAAUGCAAGUUAUUCUAGAAUUUAUUUAUACGGGUACUAUCUCGAAUGACGCGCUGACAAUUAAUAAUGUAAUGGGAGUUUAUCACGCCGCUGAUUAUUUUUUGUUGCCUGAUUUACAGAAUACAGUCGUGGAAUUUGUGCAAAAAAUAGCUCAGGAUCAUGAUAUUGAUCUGGCCGCGAGUCUUUUGUCCAUCGUUGCACAAAAAAUGAAUCCCUCUAAUGACGAUAAGUUGUUUAAAUUGUUGAGUAAAUGUGUCGCCGCAACGUCUUUGGAUUCGAUUAGUUAUGAUAAGUUGAAUUCAAGAGCUCUUGAAGUAUUAUUGCAACAAACGAUGAAUGAUACCAAUGAAUAUUUCGCUACAACUGAAUAUGAAGUGGUUCGAUAUCUCAUUUUGUGGGCUGCAAACCAAAUUUCACCUGAUGCUGUUACAUACUUUAACACACGUUUGCCGCCAGCAAAUACAAUCAAUCAUGAAAUUUCGAGAUCAGUACAAGAAAGAGGCGAUGAAGAUGAAAUCGAUCCACAAUUAACUCAAUAUCAACCAUUAAUUGUCAAAAUUUUAUCCCCAAUAAUUCGUUACGUUGAUUUACGAUUAAUUCACGCGGAUAUAUUAGCAAAUGUAAUAGAACCAUUACAAGUAGUACCAGCAGACAAGCUAUUAAAGGCCUAUCGAUUUCACUCCAUUAAUCAAGUCCUUCGCUCUACUAAACGAGGACUACCAUGCUUCCGAUGGGAUAAAUCGGCAGUUGGUCCAAACCUAAUGGUUAGUGAAGAUAAAUCAAUUGUUGAAGCUCCACCAAAUUUGACUAUCCAUGAAUCUGCUCGGGCUACGGAACUUAUAACGGGUACAGGAAUCUACGAGUGGGAUAUAGUUAUUGAAGAGAAUUGUGGAUACGCUUGGAUUGGAGUGUGUGCCGCGGAAGGUGUUGACUUUGGAGUUUUUUUAGGCGGGCAGGCAACAGGAUGGGUAAUUGGUUCAUCGGGAUCUGCGUAUCAUGCAAACAGAGCGACUCCGUAUGGAUCACCAUUUGAUAAAGGGGCUACUGUGACCGUUCAUUUGGAUAUGACGAAUAGAACUAUAGCAUUUUCGAUUGAUGGUUCACGACAGCCGAUUGCUUGGGCUGAUAUCCCAUCAAAAGUUUAUCCUGCUGUUUCAUUAAAUGCUCCGGGUAGAUUUCGUAUUAAACCACAUAUAUAA